AAGAGAAACCGAUGCCGAGAUGGAUAGUGAACAUAAACUUGGUUUCAGAAACGCUACAGAAUUUAAUUGAAAGUCUUAUUUCAAUAUGCUGAAGCUUUUUACGUUUUCAGGAUAGUUCCCCUUUAAACAAUGACAACUGGCCAGCCUGUAGGAUGCCACAAACAUGAAAAUGAAGACUAUGCAAAUGAGAUGCUGACGCUAAGCUGCAUUUAAAGGGCAAGUUAAAGUGCCAUGUGCGUGUAUGUAAAGAAGAAGCCGUGUGUAGAUUACAAGUUUGCAAGCUCAGCCCACAGGACUGUGCAACUAUAGUCGGACUGUUCUGUUGUUCCAUUGUUCUUGUCCCACAUGCAAGUUGGCUGCUAAGGACGUUAUUUCCCCGCGGCUCAGCCUAGUGUGUGUGUGUGUUGCUUUCCCUCAUAAGGAACUGAAAACACAGCCAGGGGGAUGGAAACACCGAGAUGGCGGCGGUACGGUGGGGCCCGCGGUGUCUACAGCUUCUUCUCGCCACAGGCAACGAGCCCCACACACACAGAGAGCUCAGUGAUAGGAGGAGGGGGAGGGGAGCUCUCGUCUAACACUCCCGGCGGGAGAGAACAUGCAAAGCUUCACUGCACGACUCACCCCCUCCCCCGCUGCCGGUCAUGUGACCUUAACGUAACCGGACAGGAAAGCACCGACCGUUUUUCCCCUCCCUCGGAGAGGAAGAGAAGAAGCGCGGAGGACGCGGCUGGCACCGCACACGGGUCUCGCUUGUCCCUACAGAGACCACAAGAGAAGAGCGCGGAGGCUCCCAUAAGAAAAGAUGGAUUUGGCCAACCAUGGACUAAUACUGCUGCAGCAGUUAAAUGCCCAGAGAGAGUUUGGUUUUCUGUGUGACUGCACAGUUGCAAUUGGUGAUGUCUACUUUAAGGCUCACAAGUCUGUCCUUGCAUCAUUUUCCAACUAUUUCAAGAUGCUCUUUGUGCACCAGACAAGUGAAUGUGUUCGUUUGAAAUCAACAGACAUCCAACCAGACAUAUUUAGCUAUCUAUUACACCUUAUGUACACUGGGAAAAUGGCUCCUCAGCUUAUUGAUCCUGUACGUCUGGAACAAGGCAUCAAAUUUUUACAUGCUUUCCCCCUCAUCCAAGAAGCCAGCCUUGCAAGCCACGGUGGAUUUUCCCAUGCCGAUCAAGUAUUCCCAUUAGCAUCCUCUCUGUACGGCAUUCAGAUUGCAGAUCACCAGAUACGGCCCCCUGCAAAGAUCACUCCAGCAGCUGAAAAGGCAAAUCGUGAUAGUCGCUCACAAACCUCCAGGCAAGAUACCACAUCAGAGAAUGUACAAAUAAAUCAGCUCCCAUCUACACUUCCUACAGCUAACCGCACAAAUCUAACUUUCUCUGAGCCAGUUCCUGCUCCCCUGUCUCCUGAAGCCAGUUCAUCUGUCCUCCCGACUGCCACUUCUUUGGAGGAGAACAGCAUGGAGGAAUCGCCAACUGAUGAGCAAAAUACAUCGCUGACAAUUGCACAUGUCAAGCCGAGCAUCAUGAAAAGGAACGGCAGCUUUCCUAAAUACUAUGCUUGUCAUCUGUGUGGCCGUCGCUUUAAUUUGAGGAGUAGCCUUCGCGAGCACCUUCAGCUUCAUACAGGAAUACCAUUUAGUUCUGCCACUGGGCAGAUGGACACCAGCAUUUCCCCCUCUUUUUGCAACAACGGAGCUGAUUUAGGAAAAGAAUCCAUGGAUACUACAGAGGCUAGUAUAAUAAGUGAUAGUGAUCUGCCACACAUUUCUGACUCGCCAAUUAUUGAUGGACAGCAGCAGGCAGAAACCCCGCCCCCUACCGACAUUGCCGAUAUUGAUAAUCUGGAGCAGGCAGACCAGGAAAGGGAAGUGAAGCGCAGGAAAUACGAGUGCACCAUUUGCGGGCGUAAAUUUAUCCAAAAAAGCCAUUGGAGGGAACAUAUGUACAUCCACACGGGAAAGCCAUUCAAGUGUAGCACAUGUGACAAGAGCUUCUGCAGGGCCAAUCAAGCAGCACGGCAUGUGUGUCUAAAGAGUUCAGAUACCUACACAGUGGUGGACAAGCAGACGCUGGAGCUGUGCUCAUUUGAUGAAGGCAGCCAAAUGGACAACAUGCUAGUCCAAACAAAUAAACGUUACAAGUGCAACAUCUGUGACCAAACAUUCUCAACACCCAAUGAGGUGGUCAAACAUACGUGCCAAUCGCAAAACUCCGAUGUCUUUGCUCUUGAAGAGGAAGGGAAGUCUCUCCUGUUGAGCAGUGGGGACUCCGAAGCUGCAGAUAAUGACAACUCUAUGCUGGCGUCUAUUAAAAAAGAGCAAGAAGGAGUGCUGGAUUAAUUCUGCUCUUUAUAUACUUUGCUUUCCUUCUAUUUGCUUUUUUUACUUAGAAACUCUGCUGUUUUCUUUUUUUUUUUUUAAUCACUUUUUCUUUUUUUCUACCACGUGUGGAGUAGAGUGAGAAUCUCACAGGUCGGCGUUUGUGUUAGGUAGACUUUUGCAUUAAGGCUCCCCCUUUAUCCCUGUUUUAUACUACUAUUGCUUCUGUUUGUCCUACUCCGCUGGAACGGUGGCCCUUUUGUCAGUAGAACUACGGAGGUUUGUACAGGUGUUUUUUGUGAAUAAUGAGAAAAACAAGGAUUUUGAGUAAAAAAAUAAAGAAAUGGAAAUGCAUACACA